UUUCUUCCAAGUGUUCUAAGUUUUUUUUCUUUUUUCCCCCCGAUGUUUGAGAUUUCUUCGUGGAUCCAAUAGUACGUUUUUCCUAAAUAAGAUAAAUAAAUAAAUGGAUCGCUUCAAAAUUUCCCAAAAUUUUUAACCUAGUCGGAGUUCUUUUAUAUUCUCACGCGCUUUAUUUUCAAUUUUGGCGAGUUAUUUGAAUACAAAGGAGAUUCAUCAAAGUCCCGGGGAGUAGCUCGGAAAUCAGAAGAAUCAGUGGAUGCUGGAAGAAGAAGCUCCAUAUCUCUCCGCUUGUAGUAUCAAUUCCGAAUAGUACUGGUAAUUAAUAUCCCGCGUGUGUUUCCCUAUAUAUACACCGAGGCCCGAGCAGUCACCGACUAGACACUUUGCAGAAUCACCCCUAUUUGACUUUCCGUAUCAUAAAGCGAGGAUAGUUCAAAGGUCAAACGCUUCAAAAUCUCUUCUCAAUCGCAUAAAAGCUCAUUUGUCCGUCUAUGUCGAUAACUGGCAUCCAAGGUCAAAUUCUUGAGGUUACCGUCGUAGGUUGCACUAAGUUGAAGGACACAGAAUGGAUUUCAAGGCAAGAUCCCUAUGUCUGCCUUGAAUAUGGUAGCACCAAGUUCCGCACCAGAACUUGCACAGACGGUGGCAAAAAUCCCAUAUUUCAAGAGAAGUUUGUCUUUUCGUUAAUUGAAGGGCUUAGGGAAAUUAGCGUGGUUGUUUGGAACAGCAAUACAAUCACCUUUGAUGACUUCAUCGGGAGUGGAAGGGUUCAAUUGCAAAAGGUUCUUUCAGAAGGUUUUGAUGACUCUGCUUGGCCCCUUCAAACGAAAACUGGCCGACAUGCUGGGGAAGUAAAACUCAUAAUGCAUUAUGCAAACGCCAAAAAACCAGGAUCAAGUUAUGCUCCAUCGGCACCCCCGUACACGAAUUCAAGCACCCAAUAUUCCGCACCUCCUCCUGUCUCUUAUCCACCGCCUGCAUCUGCCCCUUAUACGCCACCACCACCUGCAGUUUCUUACCAUCCACCACCUCCCACAGCUUACCCCUCUUCAUCACCCUAUCCAUCAUACCCAUCCACCUAUCCGCCACCACCAGGACCACCACCGCCUUAUCCUCCUCCUUCCACCACCUAUCCUCCUCCUCCAUAUCCACCACCAACUGCGGCUUAUCCUCCACAUCCAUAUCCACCACCUCAACCAGCCUCUGCAUAUUACCCUCCUGGCCCAUAUCCUGGAACGUACCCUCCGCCGCCGCGAUAUUAGAGAUCUUUUUGUAAUUAGUCAAGUGUAAUGCCAGGAAGCAUUAUGUAUUGACUUGGUCAUGAUGUAGCAGUCAUCGGAAAACUAGGAUUUUUUUUAUUCAAUUUUUAUCUAGUAAAUGGUUAUUUUAAAUCAGUUCUGUAGACAUUGCCGGUAUAUCUUGUCAAUUUCCAACGUUCAUUUGCUCUGUAUGCACUGGGAAGUUUCAGAAAGUGUCAAUAGAUUGGCAAAAGAUCAUGAAAUCAUGCGUUUUCAUCUCUA